CUUUUUUCCCGCGUAAAGCAUUUUAGCCUUGUUGUAAUCUGUAGUCGGUUCCAUGUAAUUUUUUGAAUUGUACUCUCCGACUCCGAUGCAUAUUGUUAGUGUUACUGUCUGACGAUCGAAUAUUUGCCUUAGGCUUCUACUACUCAUUCGCUCACCUUUCCCAAAAGCUGCGUCAAGAACGCUCGUACUUGCAAUAACGAACGACAACGUCAGACGAAAUAAAUCAAAAUGCUCGACCUCAUAAAGCAUCUGCCCGCCUUAGGUCAUCUGCAAUGCAUGCUGCUCUUCCUGUUGUUCUAUUCCCGCACCGUCUACCUGCACUUCUUCGACAGCUCCCUGACCCUCACCUCUGCCAGCACCCAGCAGCUCCGCGUGGCUUGCUUGCUGACAUUAGCCUGGGCCAGUCGGUGGUAUCAAAUGCUGUUCGCCCAGUCCUACGCCGGAUUGAAAAGUUUCUCGGAGCGGAAAAUACUGGAACGGGAAAAACAGAAGAAAGACGAUGGCGAAAUAUCGAAGAAUCGCAGCACAUCAAUUGCUCAAGCCGGGCAAGAACCUGAACCAGCAAAGCCCAAUAAAGUCACCCUGGCACAGGUGAAGUAUUCCGACCGGGAUCCGGAAGUGCUUGCAGCGGAUCGCACCGUGAUGAACACGAUGGAGCAAUCCCUUGUUUUCCUGCCUCUUUUUUGGCUCAACAUAUUCUACGUUCUCGCGCCGGAAAAGUUCGAAUUUUUCGGGUAUGUGCAACAAGACAAUUCGGCGUUCCAGCAAGUCUGCCAAAGUAGUCUUUUCGCACCGCUGCAGAGCAUGAAUGUCAACACCAUCGGGAUUGUCUGGAUGACGUUGAGGAGCUAUUUCUACUACACCUUCCACAAGCUACCGUCGAUGUUUCCGGUGGUGCUAGGUCGAGACCGGGGAUUCGUAUUGCAUUUGCUGUGUUGCACUGUCCCAAGCUACGUUUGUGUGACCCUGUUGCUGGUGAAGAUAGCGUGUGUCGCGAUCUGACUGUUGGAUAUUCUUGUGCAGCCAUUCUUUGUAGUUUUUGAAAGAAGGAAACGGCUCGACCUCACCGUUGUUGUGGUUGAACUUGAAACCAGCUUUCCACUGUCAGUAAGAGCAUUCGUUGAU